AUGCCACUUGUUCAUAUCUCCAUCUCAGCCUAUUUAUAUCUAUAUCAUAUCUCAUCUAUCUAUCUAUCUAUCUAUCUAUCUCAGCUAUUUAUUUACAUUCAUCUAUCUAUUCAUCUAUCUAUCAUCUUAUCUAUCUAUCUCUGUUCAUUUAGCAUCUAUUCCAUUCCGUUCAUAUCUAUCUAUGCCACCUGCUCAUAUCUCUAUCUCAUUUAUUCAUAUUCAUCUAUAUCUAUCUAUCUAUUCAUUCAUCCAUCCAUCAUUCAUCUAUCUUUAUCUUUUAUUAUCUAUUUUUUUUUCUUUCUAUCUAUUCACCCAUCUAUUCAUCUAUCUAUAUCUAUUUUUUUUUCUUUCUUUCCAUUCAUUCAUUCAUUCAUCAUUCCAUUCAUCUAUCUAUCUAUUUUUUUUUUUUUCUUUCAUAUCUACCCAUUCAUCAUUCAUCUAUCUAUCUAUUAUUUUUUUUUUCUUUCUUUCUUUCUAUCUAUCUAUAUAUCUAUCUAUCUAUUUAUUAAUAUCUAA